CCUCAUCAAUCAAAAGAAAUUUCUCUACACAAACUGAGCGGUAGUUCUGGCUCUGCACUCGCUUUGUCUUUACUUUACAGUUUUUCGGUAAUAAGGCAGCAUCCUUGGAGUACAAUCUGAAGUCACUAUGUCUAGCAGGAGUAGAAAGAGAAAGAGGACAAGCAGUGUAGAGUUUGACCAAGACAACAUCAGUCAAGAAGACGUCAUCUAUGAUGAAGAGGAACCAACUCAAGAAGAGCCUCAGUCAUCCCGACCAAGCCGAAAUAGGAGGAAAUCAGCUAAACUCACAGAAGCCGAGGAAACCAUGAAAACACCCACUAGUACAGAACCUCAGAAGCUGGGCGUCAUCUCUCUACAUCAUAAGAAAGGCGGCAAGAAAGACUCUGGGGAUUCCUGGACGAUUACGUCAUCCAGUAAACCAAGUCGGAAAUCCUCAUCAGUGACGUCACAAGAUAAAGAAGAAGAUGAGGAAGUCGAAGAAGCUCAACUCCUUCAUGUUGUCGGCAAAGGAAAUCGUCCGCAAACCAUCAAAAUUAAACCCCUCCAUAAACCACAACCAGCGGUGCAUGAAGAUAGUAGCACGGAGAAGCAAAGCACAUCAAGACAUGCUAAGAAAUCUCGCCAGAGUGCCCUGCCUCCGAUUAGUAUUCAUGAAGAUUCUAACGUGUCCGUCAAAGAGGAGCAAGGCAUUAAACUCAAACUCAUCCUUUCUCCUAAGGAUAAAGGCAAGAGUAACGAUUUUGAAACGGCUAAGAAAGAAUCGCGGCCGUCGAGAGAUAAACAGAGCAAAGCGGCCAAAGGUAAAGUAGAGAAAGUCAAGAAGACGUUUGAAGAAGCGCUGGCAGCAGCAGAGACUAAGAGAAUACCGCAGACAAAGAAGCGUAAGCGCGAUGACGCUGAAUCGGAAGAAACAUCGGGCGUGUCGGAAUCCAGCAAAGGAAACAAGAAAAGAAAAACAUCAGAAAUAGAAAAGGUGUCUAAACGUGUCAGUAAAGCUGAAGAAACGAACAAAUCAACACCAAAAACAACAACAAAAAGUGUGAAAAAGGCAGAGUCGUCUAAGAAAAACAUUAUUAAAGACUUACCUAAGUCUGCCUCAAAAUCAACAAAUAAACCAUUGCAGGUGAAAGUUGAAAGCAAGACUAAGUUGCCGGUGAAAGACGAAAGCAAGACCAAGUUGCCGGUGAAAGACGAAAGCAAGACCAAGUCUACAAUGAAAUCUCCAAGUAGUUCAAUCUCUAAGACCCCUGAUACCGCCAAAGAUGAUGACAAAUCCAAGAAGAAAAAGUCCAAAAGUAGUAAAAUCGCUACCAGUCAUUCAAACCUCAAUUUACUGUCUAUGGAUGAGUCAUUGGAAGAAUUAGUCAUCGAUGAGACGAAGUCCGAAACCCCCGCAACCAAAAUCAAAUCCAGUAAAAACAAACCGGAAAAGAAGAAAAAGAAACUCACCGAUUCGGAUACCUUCUCCGCACACAAGAGCAAAAAGCACAAGAGCAAAGAACUGAAGAAACAUAAAGCUAAGUUUAUUACCACGGGGACCAAGAAGCCAAAUCGUAACGUUGGUUUAGACCCAGUGACGGCCUCUCAUAUGUUUGGACAGUUUGAAAGCGGACCUAGUCUUAUGCACGGCAGUUUAGACUUGAAGAGUCCCUCAACAGCAAUAGACGACGAGAGUUUCUUUAUGGCAGGCCAUGAAGCCACAUCGCCAGGGUUUGCAUCAGAUCUUAUGGGACUGCCAGGUCUUGGGGAUUUAGGAUUAUUUGGAAAGACCAAGAAAGUCGCCAAGAAGUCCAGCAAGAAAGGAGAUAAAGAUAAGAAAAAGAAGAAGAAGAAGGAGAAGUUAAAGAAAGGAGCCAAAGCUGAGAAUGGUGUUACAAAGGAAAAGAAGCCAUUGUCAGCGUACAUGUUGUGGUGUGCUCACACAAGGCCGAGAGUGGUUGCUCAGAAUCCAGGCCUCGAUUUUUCAGGAAUCAGUAAAACGAUGGGCACUCUAUGGCACCAAUUGCCCGAGAAGGAGAAGCUGUUCUGGUACAGUAAGCAACGCAUGCAGAUCGUCAAGCAUAAGAACGUACCGAGCCUAUCGAAGCAGAAGCUCCGACGUUCCAGUUCCUCGGGGAAGGGUUCAAGGUCGCCUAGAGGGAGUCCCGUCCGACAUUUCUCACUGCGGACCGAGCCGAUUGAUUGCGCUGCUCAUCUGAAGUUACUUGGAGAAUCCUUGUCAUUGGUUGGCGACAGAUUACAGAAUCAUGUGGGUCAGGUGGAGGUUCAUGGGAGUCUAUCGGUCCUAUUAGAUUCUACGUUAUGUGCCUUGGCUCCUCUAAUGUCACUCACUUCACAAGUACCUGAGCUUAAUAGUAUACCCAAAGAGACGCUGGGAUCUACGCUGGACAAUAUCGCCUACAUCAUGCCAGGUCUAGGUUGAUCCUCACACAGUAGCCAGCUGUACUGAUGACAUGACUGUAAACCAGACUAAACAUGGCCGCUGUACAAGGAAUGGUUGGAUCAUUCAGAUGAUAUGAGCUUCCUUUCGUCCAGUCUUCCAUAAUUGCCAUAAAUGGCUUUACAGGCCUGUAUGCUUCGUUUUUUAAAGGGCAAGGGCAUUUUUCUUUGGUAAAGGGCACCCUAUUAUGCUUUAUGAUGAGUAAAUCAAUUUAAAUCAGUUCAUUAUUUAAAGGGCAAGGGCACCAAGGCAUUUUCUCCUUGGUAAAGGGCACCCUAUGAGGAAAUUGUAAGUUUCUACUGGGGCAUUUUAAGGGCACCAAUGCAAGGGGCAUGGAGGCAAUUGCUUUCAUUGCCUCCUUGAAAUAUCAGGUUUGGGUUCACAAAUACCUCUACCUAUUGACCCCUUGCAUGCAUGUCACACGCGGCGACUGUGCCAUGCUCACCAUUUUGGUUGGCAAUCGGUUGAGGCUGUGUCGCCUAAAAUGCGCACUUCACUGAAUAACGCACAAUGACAUUGCCCACCAUUAUAUGGCGCAUGCAAGAUUAUUCUGAUGAUGGCGUCAGGUGAAUUGGGUCAAUACUAGAAAUAUCAACAGUCUCUGAGUAUGUGUGAUAGACGCAUUGCAUAUGACGUCAAAGAACCAAACAGCGCUCUCACUGAAGUUAAUGAAGAUCAGGACCCAAUUUCAUAGCUCUGGUUACCGUAAGCAAAGAAUUGGCGCUUACGGAAACU